AUGUACGAUAGGAUCAUAUUAGGUAUUAAUGCACAGGAUGCAGUAAAAGUACUAGGUGCUGAAGCAACACAUGAGGAACUGAAGACUCUGGGAGCUUUCCAGUAUAUGCGCAGUAACGUGUACGUCCACUGUGAUGAAAGUUUGAUGCCACAUAAUUCCUCCGCAUGGAGCGCUAGGAACUUCUUGGGGACAACAAGCAGUGGUGUCUGUGUUACCUCCUGGCUAAAUAUACUUCAGCUGCAAAGGCUAACCAUGAGCUCAAGAACAUCCAAGGAAAGAGGGGAAUUUGGUUCUGUGGCACAUGUCAAGGCCGCAACAGAAGGAGACCUUGGUUUUGCAUCUGCCUACAUCCAUGGCUAUAUCUCAUUUGUUGAUCACCGGAAUGGCCUUGUGAACCUUGUACGGAUUAUAUUGGCUACUAGAUGUGAACGCAAGAGGUUAUACAGCACUGAUAAGACAAGCGGUUAUACAAUUAAGGCCUGGUGGGCACCGUUGCUUGGAAUUAGUGGUGGAGUUGGAUUUGCAAAAUAUUUUCUGCGUCAUGCCUGGCGGAAGAAUAGUGUAUCCAAAGCUCCUAAAAAUAUAUCUGAACACUAUGAUCUGAGUAUUCUAGCUUCUGGUAUUUUCAAGGCGGAGGACGAGAGCUUAGAAGCAGCCCAGCUACGUACGCUUGACAGUCUCAUCAAUAAGGCUAAGGUGGAGUCAGGUCAUCAUGUUCUUGACAUUGGUUGUGGUUGGGGCACUUUAGCAAUACGGUUUGUGAAGAAAACUGGUUACAAGUUCACAGGAAUUACAUUAUCCGAGGAGCAACUGAAAUACGCCAAGAGAAAGGUGAAAGAAUCUGGAUUAGAGGACCGCAUAACUCUCCUGCUUUGUGAUUACCGUCAAAUACCGAAUGGCCAAAAGUUUGAUAGGAUUAUAAGUUGUGAGAUGCUUCAACACGUUGGCCAUGAGUACUACGAAGAUUUUUUUGCCUCCUGCGAGUAUCAUUUGGCAGAACACGGCAUAUUUGUCCUCCAGACCAUUGCGCUCGUAGAGGAAAUGUACGACAAAAUGAGGUUGCGGCCUGAGUUUGUAAAGACAUAUAUCUUCCCCGGUGGCUGCCUACCUUCUCUAGGCCGGAUUGUGUCUGCCAUGACAAAUGCAUCAAGGCUCAAAAAAGCUUCUGCCCUAGGAUUUGACGAAAAAUUCAUCUGUAUUUGGGAGUACUAUUUAGGUUAUUGUGCGGCUUUGUUCAAAUCGCGCAUUACUAUAGAUUACCAGAUAGUGUUUGCUCGGCCAGGCGAUUCAAAGCUACCAAGCUAUGUCGCCAUUGCAUAA